UGUAGUGUGGUUGUACUGCCACGAGAGACAACGGAGCGUCCGUCCUCGUGAUGUUCGGGCUCAUGGCGCUGUGGAAUGCGGCGAUCACAGUCGUGCUCUUUUCAGACCGCGACGGGCACCAUCCGUCUCAUAAGGAUGCCUUUGAAGCUCCAUCUUCGUUUGUCCCCGCCGCCACCCCGUCGUCGGCCGACCCGAGCACAAGGGCGCCCUCAGCUCCCACAUCGACGACCAAAACCAACGCCAUUGGAGCCUAUAAAGUGGACCUUCCCAUCGGACCCGCGCCCACUGCUCCAUUAACCAAACCAUUCCCGACGGCUGCGUCCUGAGGUAGCACUCGCAAGGCCAAGCCUGGCGACACCGUGUACAUUACAAUCGACGACGGUCCGUCCAUCGGUGGUCGAGCAAAUCUGCUGAUGGCCAUGAACCAACUCAACACGCGUGAGGGUCACGUGCCGCCUGUGUACUUGACGUUUUUCGAGAGCGGGUACAACUUUUGCGGUGACGCCACGUCCAGCAUCACGUCGAUGCAAUGUGUCCCGACCGCAUUCGACAAUGCUACCGAGCGGUUGGCGUGGACGGUCAAGGCCGGCCACACGAUCGGCGCGCACUCGGACACGCACAACUGCAACUACGUCAAGACGAAUCCACUCACGGUGAUCGAAGACGGCAUGGAGGCGUGUGGCAACGCCAUCACGUCCGACUUUGUGCGCGGCGCCAAGCACGUCGAAGCGGGACUCCAAAGUGCCAACGCGUACUCGACCGACGCCGACAAGGCGUUGCUGGACAAGGCCAUCCACGAUCUAUGGAGCUACGUGCGGCUGCCGUGCUCGAACGCGUGGAAGUUGCCGGGGGGCUUUUCGGCCUCGUCGGGGUUUCGUGUCGUCGACUCGCAGGCCGAGCGCUCUGCGCGCCUUGGCGCCGCCGACGCCAUGUUUGCAGGCACGUUGCCAUGUCGGAAUCCGUUGUACCAGGGCAAGCCGUGGAGUUCGUUUGGAUGGGACGCCGAGUGGAAGCUUGGUCGAGGCGGGGUAUUGUUGGACGCAAAUCGGGAAAAGUGCAACGUCGUCAACAACAUUGCCAACGCGUUUGACCUAAAGGCAAACCGCGGGCUUAACAAAAAUGCUGUCGUGCUGCUGACCCACGACUACUUUUUUGACACGUUGGACAAGGCCAUGGUGAUGCGGGAUGUGAUUGCCGAGCUGCAGCUGGUCGGGUAUGCGUUUAGCACGAUCGACAAAUACAAGUAAUAUUGGUCGUCUGUGGAAAAUAGUCUGUGAUGUUGUCUUGAAGGUUGGUAUCAAUACUAUUAUAGUAACGUGAUGAAACUGCG